CGGUCUUUGUGGCUCGCAGCUGCAGGUCCGGGGUUCGUGCCCUGGCGGCUCCUGAGCUUCGCGGAAAGAAGAGAUUACUCAAAAGCAACUGAAGUAGAGGACCUAGUUGUAGUGAGCUUUUUGCUAAGCUGUUUCAGCUCAGAACGGCUAUGGAAUCCGGAGCAGUUUCAACUCCAGUACCUCAGAAUUCUCAGGAACAAGAGCUAAUACUAGUGAAAGUAGAAGAAAGCCUUUCUUGGGGUCAGAAACUUAAGCAGAAUGGGAGUACCCGAUCCUGCCAGGAAUUGUUUCGCCAGCAGUUCAGAAAGUUUUGCUACCAGGAGACACCUGGGCCCCGGGAGGCUCUGGGCCGACUCCAGGAGCUUUGCUGUCAGUGGCUGAGGCCAGAGUUGCACACGAAGGAGCAGAUCCUGGAGCUGCUGGUGCUGGAGCAGUUCCUGAGCAUCCUGCCUGAGGAGCUGCAGAUCUGGGUUCAGCAACACAGUCCAAAAAGUGGCGAGGAAGCUGUGACUCUGUUGGAGGAUUUGGAGAGGGAAUUUGAUGAUCCAGGGCAGCAGGUCCCAGCUAGUCCACAGGGACCAGCAGUGCCAUGGAUGGAUUUGACAUGUCUUGGAGCAUCCCAGGAGUUAACAAACAUCGAACUCCAGCCUUUAAAGACACAGCUGAAACCCUGGGAACCUUGCCUUUCCCCCAGAAGCGAUUGUGAAAACAAUGGAUCAGCAACAAAGAAGGACAUUUCAGGAGAGAAAUUGCAAAGACUUCCCCAGGACCCUUCAUUUGGAGGAAUUAGUGAACAUGAAAGCAGUUCAGAGUGGCAGCAAGGAAGUGCUACAGGGGAGAAAUUAAGAAGAUCCCCUUCCCAAGGGGGCAGUUUUAGUCAAGUAAUCUUCACACACAAAUCUCUAGGAAACAAAGACCAUCCUGAGCCCCAGAGAAGCUUGAUUCUAAAUACAAACUCUAUAACGUAUCAGAAAGUUCCUGCAGAAGAGAGACCUUACAGGUGUGAUGUAUGCGGGCACAGCUUCAAACAGCAUUCUGCUCUAACACAACAUCAGAGAAUCCAUACUGGAGAAAAGCCGUACAAAUGUAGCCAGUGUGGGAAGGCCUUUAGUUUAAGGUCCUAUCUUAUUAUUCAUCAGAGAAUUCAUAGUGGUGAGAAAGCAUAUGAAUGUAGUGAAUGUGGGAAGGCCUUCAACCAGAGCUCAGCCCUCAUUAGACAUCGGAAAAUCCAUACUGGUGAGAAAGCUUGUAAAUGUAAUGAAUGUGGCAAAGCAUUCAGUCAAAGUUCAUAUCUCAUUAUCCAUCAAAGAAUUCACACUGGUGAGAAACCCUACGAGUGUAAUGAGUGUGGGAAAACCUUUAGCCAAAGCUCAAAGCUUAUUAGACACCAGCGAAUUCAUACAGGAGAAAGACCUUAUGAAUGUAAUGAGUGUGGAAAAGCUUUCAGGCAGAGCUCAGAGCUGAUAACCCAUCAGAGAAUACAUAGUGGAGAGAAACCCUAUGAAUGUAGUGAGUGUGGAAAAGCCUUCAGUCUGAGCUCAAACCUCAUCAGACACCAGAGAAUUCACAGUGGAGAGGAACCUUAUCAGUGUAAUGAAUGCGGCAAAACCUUCAAAAGGAGCUCAGCCCUUGUUCAACAUCAGAGAAUCCACUCUGGGGAUGAGGCUUACAUAUGUAGUGAAUGUGGGAAGGCUUUCAGGCACAGAUCAGUCCUCAUGCGCCAUCAGAGAGUCCACACUGUAAAGUGACUUAUGAAUACAAUCAAUACUGUAAAUACUUCAGUCAGACUUCUAUCUUUGUUAGUCAAAAGGGUUUAAUUUACUUUGGAGUAAGACUCCAUGGGGGUGGUUGUACAGUACUAGGUCUCGAAUCAAUCUGACUUUAUACAGCACGUGCCAGUGCUCAUGCACAUUGUCCCCUGAAAGCUUUUCCUGUGACUAAUUAGAAGAGCAGACAGAAGAAUCAUUGCUUCCACCUUUCUCUUACCAGUAAGAAUACUCAGGAACUGUGAAAGAUGGGACUAUAACAUUGAAACAUCAUUUUCCGUGAGAAUGUCACAAAGGGCACCAGCAACUCUGUCACUGCAUCUAAUUGUCAGUGGGCCAGAUUUGGAGGAUGGUGUGGAGAGUAUGAGGGACAUUUUGUCUCAGGAAUGCAAAAAUUGUACUGACCAGUUAAGAACAGUGGCAGGGCAGCGAGAUAUGGGGAAACAGUUUCAUCGAUGACUUAUUGAGCCCACGGCAGACCAGAAGUGAGAUAGUGAAAAGGAAAUACAAAUUAAGUUAUCCAACAGUUAUUUUUUGAGUGGCUGCUUUGUGCCAGGCACUAGAGAUACAGUGGAGAAUAAGACCAUACCUUCAGUUUCACGGACAACACAAAACAGGCAGUGACACUGUGGUACAAUCCCUGCUGUGUGAUGUUAAGGAGCACCUGGCCCAACCUUGGAUCAGGGGAGGCUUCUGAGAAAAA